UAUAUAUUUCUGACCUAGUCAUUGGGAAGGUUAAGGCAGUACAAUAGUACGCAAAAACCACAAGAUAACAGAGUGUUGAGCAUGGAUUUGGAGGUUAAGAAAGCGCAGGAAACGAACGAUGAUGAGAAAAACCCAAAGGCUACACAGGAAAAGACCAAAAGUCGCUCAGAUGCAGCCGCUGUGAAAGACAUCACCAUCGAUCAUCCAGAGGUUGAAGAAACAGACAGAUGGAACGACAAUUCCUCCGAUGGAAAGGUCGAAAAAGGCGCUGGUGUAAGCGUUCAGAAUCGUACCGAAUCAGGUCGUCGUACUAUAAAUAACAGUGGUACUUUCAAUGGUAAUGCCAAUGGAAGCUUUAUCGAAGGUACCGUGAACUUCACUACCAAUAACAUGUAACAAGGCAGCAGAUGAGUAAGCCGUAUGAGUGUAAUAUCAUCUACUAUGCUAUAUUGUAUUCCCAAUAAUAAAAGUGGAGCCCUAGCUCUGCUGCUAUGAAAUGUAAUCACUAAAUUUAAUCGCUCUCCAGUGUUACCUUAUAAACCU